ACUCAUUGCUGUCAUUCAAGAACUGGCCCAAAAGAGCAUGGUUUCCCGCAAGGUAAUGAGGCAAUCUUUCCUCCACACUCUGCUUUGGGAAGUUAAAUUUGCAAGUUAAUUCAGACUACAAACUAAACUACAAAAAUACAUUUCCACCAAGCUGGACCAAGAUGGGGGCGAGGAAGAGAAACUCUACGCAAUGCUACAUCACUGAUCUCCCUCCACACAGACAACCUAGGAAAUAACUUCAAAUGGGAAACAAUAGCAAUUUUAGAAUUAUCAAAAAAUGCAAAAGAAUUCUUUGAAGAAUGGCACACCAACCAAGCUGCAAUCAACAGACGUAGACUUAACCCUAUAAUUCCAGUUCGCAACCCAAGUUGGUGCGUAUUGUGAGCACAGAAAACAGAAUCAAUCCACUUUGGUCAGCUAUGGAAUGUAGUUUCUCAGAUUCAAGCAAGCCAAAAGUGAAUCCCAGGAAUUGUGUCAGCCUGAUGCCAUACACCUUUGUCAGGCAUUGCAGACCUGGGCGGCCACGUCCAGUACUUGUGGUGCCAGCACUUUUAAGCAGGAUCCUGGCUGACAAGCUAUGCCUGUCCAGGGACUUUGAGAAAUGCCUAUCAGAGACCCAGAGCACAGAUACCCUCCAUGAAAACAAAGAGUUGAAUGGCAACUCUUGUAUUCCUCAACAAGAUCUGGAACAGUUAAUGCAAAAGAAUGUGCAUGCCUGGAUGGACCUGGGCCUGGAGAGUGUGCAAGAACUUCUGGGAAUGGACAUUUACCCCAUCAUUAUCCUCAUCACCAUCGGUGAGAAGAAUGCCAAGAAAUUCAAGAAAGCUCUUCAGCGCCUUGGAGCAACUGAGGAACAACUUUUGGAGAGUGCCCGGAAAGAUGAGGCCCAGCUGGAGACAGUAUCCUGCCUCUAUCGCAGCAUUGCUCCUGACGCCUGGGGCGACCUGGAUGCUCUCGUCAGCUGUGUCCGUAUGGCUGUCGCUGAUGAGCAGAAGAAGGUGGUGUGGGUGGAACAAGUGCCUCACUGACCUCUUUCGACAAAUGUGUGGGACUUAAGGCAAUUGUUUCAUCUGAACCUAGGAAAAAACUGAAAGAUGCUACUGCUUGUUCUGGGCCAAGAUUAAAAGGAACUAGAGCAUAUUCCAAGCCUGU